AUGUGCUCACCGACCAUGCCUCGAAACAAAGACCGCUUCUACCUCGCCCUCUACACCCGCGCUGCUUCCACAAAGCCCGUGAUGCCGGGCAAAGAAGACAAAUACCACUGGGCUUUCCUAAUCGGUCCCAAACAUGAGAACAAGUCUUCGCAAGGCACGAAAUGUCAUGCCAAAGACGUUGUCAUCAUUGACGAGACCAAAGACAAGUACACGAUCAGGACAGAAUACCAUUUUGAGGAGCGCAAAGUCUGGUUGACGGCGGUGGACAUGAUCGUCGUUCGCCUUCUCCUCGGGAAAGUGCUCGACAAAGAACGAUUGAUGGACGUUCUCCGGGGCACGAGAGUGAAAAAGCACAGCGACGCCGGCGGGUGGAACAGCGUUAGCUGGACCAAGGACGUCCUCGACAGACUUACCCGUGAAGACGGCAUUCUGGGAGCAAGCGUCAUAGAGUGGGAAACAGUUCGGCAUUCAGCAUUGUGGUACAUUGAGGAGAAAACGGCACAACACCGAUUCGACGGCAAAGCGAUCGGGACGUUCGAUAAGACGAAGGUGCCGACUUGGGAUCUGGUGAAUGAUAUUGAGCUUGAACCAUGA